CAGGUUGUUGUUCUAGAUGUAGCGCGCGUGCCUCCUGCCUAUUGCCUCCUAUCUGGGAGAGCGGCGACACGGACUUAGCGGACGCGGAAAAUGGUGAUCGUUUGGAAACGCAGACUGGACGUUAUCGUUUGUCCUUCAAGUCCAUUAGGUCCAGCACUGGUGCCUCUGGUCUCAUUGCCCUGCCGUCUGCCUGCAGUACCUUUGAAGUAGGUGCAAAUGCCAAGCGCUUAAAACACAGCACAGACAAGUCUGCUACCUCUCACAGGACAGUGAGAAAAUCAGAUUGCCAUGGGAAACCAACUGACAGAGAUUGCUCCCAACACACCAUUCCUGCCUAACUUCCAGUCUCUCCAUGUGGUGGUCAUCGGGUUGGACUCUGCUGGCAAAACCUCCCUUCUUUACAGACUCAAGCUGAAGGAGUUUGUGAAGACCAUUCCUACCAAGGGCUUUAACACAGAGAAGAUCAAAGUGCCGGUGGGCAAUGGCCGAGCCAUUACUUUCCAGGUGUGGGACGUGGGUGGUCAGGAUAAGCUGCGGCCGCUGUGGAAGUCGUAUACACGGCGCACGGAUGGCAUGGUCUUCGUAGUGGACUCCACUGAAGCUGAGCGCAUGGAGGAGGCCAAGGUGGAGCUGCACAAGAUCACACGCACGUCAGAGAACCAGGGCGUGCCGGUUCUCGUGUUGGCUAACAAACAGGAUCUUCCGGUUGCGCUGGCUGUCAGUGAGGUGGAGAAGGUUUUGGCUGUGCAUGAACUGAGUGCCAACACCCUUCACCAUGUGCAGGGCUGCAGUGCUGUGGAUGGCCAAGGUCUUCAGCCAGGACUAGAGAAACUGUAUGAGAUGAUCCUCAAAAGGAAAAAAUUGGUGAGACACAGCAAGAAAAAGAGAUGAGCUGCGUAGGGACACUUUCAGGACACUGAUAUCUCACUUGUGAACCUCCACAAAACGGUCUUGAUAUUAUUGCAGGAUUUUGUGGCAAAUCUCUAACAAAGGAAUCGUUCCAGAUGGCCAUGGGGUCAGGAGAAAAUGGAUUUGACCUUUAUGUGUCACACAGUAUUGAACUGCUUUCUUCUAUACUUAGUAUUUGCUGGGCAGCUGCCCUUUGUAUCUGAGGAAUCUGCGAUAGAUCUGAUAGGCUGUAGUAUCAACAGAAUUUAAGCCUAUAAAGCCUAUGCCUUUUGUUCAUAUGUGUGUCCUCCAAGAAGGGAAGAGCCUAGGUUGAGGACCAUAGCUUGGCAACACUUUGAUUUUCUUUCAGCAACACCUCACAAAAACGCCUUUUAUUUCAGUUUUAUUAGACCGAUUGCCAGUGCUGAUAGAAUAAGAGACUAUAUAAAUGUUUAUGUUAAGCUAGUUGUGGAAUUAACAUUGGAAAUGAAACCUGUUCACACUUAAAGCAAGUUUUAGUUGGGAAACCUGAUUGUUUUUACACACUGUAAAUAUAAUUGUUUUUUUGUAAUGCUAAGGAAUGAAUAAAUUAUAGAUGACUUUGACACAAAUUAAGCAUAAAAA